AUGGGAAUAACAACCACACAAGCUCCUGAAACCACAGAAGCCUCCGAAUUCAUUUCCACCGUGGAACAGCUUCACCCCACGCCAGCUUGGGCUCAAAAUGUGUUGAUAACCGUGUGGUCUCUCACGGGUAUCGUGCUCGCCGCGUACGGUGCAAUCGCUGUGGUGUUCUGGUACCGUAAGGUGAGUGGGUGAAGGAUGGUCGGCGGAGACUUGGCGAAGGCUUGCAGAGCGUUCAUUUUUUUCUAUUUUUAGCUGUUACUAAUGGUAGCUUUCUUUGCCCUGAGUCAUUGUAACAUUCAAAAAACAAAAAUUGGUGGCAAAAAACGAGCAUCUGCAACUUUUAUCUGAAUAAAUAGUACUAAAGCCCGUCGCUGACUCGAAAAAACGUAGCGCCGUAUUUUUUUACUCUUACGAUUCUUAGCGUCUCUGUUUCCAGCGAAAAAAUCCCAAGAAAGAUGAGACGAACAAGACACUACAAAAAGAUCCACCAGCCAAGGCUCCACUUUCAACUCCGAAGAAGCCAACUCCGAAGUCAGGUACGAAGCCAACUCCGAAGCCAGAUCCGAAGUCAACUCCAAAGCCUGACCCGAAGAAGGAAGAGAAAGCUGAGGCCAAAAGCAAAGCCGACGUUUCAAAUGUUAAACCCGACCGCAAACCCGACGAUAAAGACCUCGCGACCCAUCUUGAGGAGCCUAAACCCAUUUCGAUUUCACCUUCAGCUUUUGGCAGCAUCGACGCCGCUGAGGCUCUAAAAGAAACGCAGCAGCACCUUACUUCAGAACAAGAGCAGGAGGUUAUGAAGAAAGAAAAACCACCGGCCAAUCACGCUGAAUUUCUCAAAAGGGCCGAAGAACAAUACGGUAGGUGAACUUGAAUGUUAUUAGUUUCGAGUUGGAUGCAGAUUUGACCAGUCUCUUUGAAAAUAUCUUACAAACUUGAUCGGUGUAGCCUAAACGUUAAUGUUCGAAAUACAAGCGUCGGUUUCCCGGUUAAAUUUUGAAUUUGGCCGAUCAAAUUGGCUGCUUGGCCAAUCAUAAUGAUAAAGCAGUUAGCCAAGUCCCCAGUAGCUAUAUUAUAAAUAUAAUUUGAUCACUCGCCACAAUAUUCUUUUUUCAGCAAACCUCCCUCCCGAUGCGCGCCAAGGCAUGCGUCCAGCGGUGUUGCUUUUGGGCUACAUUAAAAGAAAAGAGGCAGAACGUCUGGCAGCCGAGAAGGCAGCAACUGAAGCCGGGAAAAAGGCCAAAACUCCAGCCGAUAAGAAUGCCGCAACUUCGAAGCCGACGCAGGCCGAAAGCUCUGCAAAAUCAAGCAGCAAGAAGCCCAAGUCAGAGGACGAUCUACCUGAAGAACAAUAA